UAUAUAAAAUACAAUACAAUAUAUAUUUUAGUAUAUUUCUAUAUUUUAGUCUAUUUCUAUAUUUUUUCCAGCACCCGGUCUUUAAUUGCAUGACAACCAAAACUGAACAGGCCAGUAGGAGGCAAAAUGAAGCAUUUUUGAUCUGAGGAGACCUGUGCGCGGACCCAACGCCUCAGCACUAGCAGCAGCACCAUUCCCAGGUCGCCUUCCCUUCUCCAUAGCUGCGAAAGCACGAGAGAGCUGUGCAAGCCAGCAAAAGGCCAGACAGCAAGAGUCAAGGGAAGGGGAAAGCAGUCCCUGCAUCAAGCAGAUCAAUGAGCUGCCAAAGAGCAGGGGCUGGAAUCGGGUCUGCGUGAAGCGAUCGCCCUGGGGUUGCACUUAAAGAGCGUGUUGGGGGGGACGACACACGUUUGAAAUAAAAAGACAACCUGAAUUUAAACGGAGAGAGAAAGAGAGCUGGCGAAAAAAAGAAGGGUGAAAUAUCCCUGAAAUACAGAAGAAGAAAACAGGAAAGGAGGGCGAUUACAGCGGCGGACUGGUGUAGCGAGUUGGAGGGAGAAGGAGGAGUGUGUGUGGGUGAAGACAGCACAGUUCUGGAGACCCGAUUGUAGAGAGACAAAGACUCUCUAGACACAGGCGUGUGGAUGGCGUGGGCAAAGCUAGUGCAGCCAGGGACGUACGCCUUCCUCUGGUUGGGCCUAGUCACUGUAGCAUUGGUGUUCCUACAUGCAGAGGCUGAUUCUACAGGAACCGAGAGCUCCACCAACCAAAACGCAACAUGCGGGGGCAACUACGUGUGCAAAGAGGGCAUCAUCCUGCCCAUCUGGUACCCAGAGGACCCUUCCCUGGGUGACAAAAUAGCCCGGGUCAUUGUUUACUUCGUGGCCAUGAUCUACAUGUUUUUGGGAGUCUCCAUCAUUGCUGAUCGCUUCAUGGCAGCUAUUGAGGUCAUCACCUCACUGGAGAAAGAAAUCGUCAUUAAGAGGCCAAAUGGUGAGACUACCAGCACCACCAUCCGCGUCUGGAAUGAGACAGUCUCCAAUCUCACCCUCAUGGCUCUGGGCUCUUCAGCCCCCGAGAUCCUGCUCUCCGUAAUAGAGGUUUGCGGUCAUGGCUUCAAGGCUGGAGAUCUCGGACCCUCCACCAUCGUGGGGAGUGCUGCCUUUAACAUGUUCGUAAUCAUCGCUAUCUGUGUCUCCGUUAUCCCACAGGGAGAGACCCGUAAGAUCAAGCACCUGCGUGUCUUCUUUGUGACCGCGGCCUGGAGCAUCUUCGCCUACAUCUGGCUCUACAUGAUCCUUGCUGUCUUCUCUCCCAACGUGGUGCAGAUUUGGGAAGGCCUGCUGACCCUGGCCUUUUUCCCCAUCUGCGUGAUUCUGGCCUGGGUGGCUGACAAGCGCCUGCUGUUCUAUAAGUUCAUGCACAAGAAGUACCGGACAGACAAAGGGCGAGGGGUCAUCAUUGAGACAGAAGGUGAGCGGUCUAAAGGGAUUGAGAUGGACGGAAAGAUGGUCAACUCACACUUCCUGGACGGUGGAGCAGGUAACCUCAUAGGCCUUAUGGAUGGGAAGGAGGUGGAUGAAUCUCGUCGGGACAUGAUCCGCAUCCUUAAGGAUCUCAAGCAGAAGCACCCAGAGAAGGAGAUGGAUCAGUUAGUGGAGAUGGCCAACUAUUAUGCCCUUUCCCACCAGCAGAAGAGCAGGGCUUUCUACCGUAUCCAGGCCACACGGAUGAUGACAGGUGCAGGCAACAUCCUAAAGAAACAUGCGGCCGACCAGGCCAAGAAAAGCAACAGUGUCCAAGAGGUGAGGAUUGAAGAGCCUGAGGAAUUUUGUUCCAGGGUCUACUUUGACCCGUGCACCUACCAGUGCCUGGAGAAUUGCGGCGCGGCUAUGCUUACCAUCGUGCGCAAGGGUGGUGACAUCUCCAAGACGCUUUACGUGGAUUACAAGACAGAGGACGGCUCGGCCAACGCAGGGGCUGACUACGAGUUCACCGAGGGGACGACGGUCUUUAAAUCAGGCGAGACGCACAAGGAGAUAAGCAUCGGGAUCAUUGAUGAUGAUAUAUUUGAGGAAGAUGAGCACUUCUUUGUGCGGAUCAACAAUGUCCGGGUGCUGGAAACAGAUGAGUUGCAGUCCGGAAACAGUCUGCCCUUCCCAAAAGCUAUCCUGGGCACCCCGUCUGUCGCCACGGUCACCAUCCUGGAUGACGACCACGCCGGCAUCUUUACCUUCGAGUGCGAGGCGUUGCAUGUUAGCGAGAGUGUUGGCGUGAUGGAUGUCAAGGUGCUGAGGACCUCAGGGGCCCGAGGCACUGUCAUCGUCCCCUACCGCACCCUGGAAGGGCUGGCCAAGGGUGGAGGUGAGGAUUUCGAGGACACCUAUGGAGAGCUGGAGUUCAGGAAUGACGAGACCUGCAAAACCAUUCAGGUGAAAAUUAUUGACGACGAGGAGUAUGAAAAGAACAAAAACUUCUACGUGGAGCUGGCCGACCCCCGCAUGGUGGACAUGAGUUUGCAAAAAGCUCUUCUCUUGGCACAAGAGGCUGUGGACAGCAAGCUGUCGGUGGAGGAAGAGGCAGCGAAGCGGGUUGCGGAGAUGGGGAAGCCAGUGCUGGGGCAGCACUCGAAGCUUGAGGUGAUCAUUGAGGAGUCCUACGAGUUCAAGAGCACUGUUGACAAGCUGAUUAAGAAGACUAACCUGGCCCUUGUGGUGGGCACUCACUCCUGGAGGGACCAGUUCAUGGAGGCCAUCACAGUCAGUGCAGGUGAUGAAGAUGAGGAUGACUCAGGGGAGGAGAGGCUGCCGUCCUGCUUUGACUACGUCAUGCACUUCCUCACAGUGUUCUGGAAAGUUCUCUUCGCUUGUGUGCCACCUACUGAGUACUGGAAUGGCUGGGCCUGCUUCGCGGUGUCCAUCGGCAUCAUUGGGAUCUUGACCGCUAUCAUCGGAGACCUGGCGUCCCACUUCGGCUGCACCAUUGGCCUCAAAGACUCCGUCACUGCCGUGGUCUUUGUGGCGCUGGGCACCUCCGUCCCUGACACCUUUGCCAGCAAAGUGGCUGCAGUGCAGGACUCGUACGCAGACGCCUCCAUCGGCAACGUGACUGGCAGCAAUGCAGUGAACGUGUUCCUGGGCAUCGGCCUGGCCUGGUCCGUGGCGGCCAUCUACUGGAAAUCGCAGGGCAAGGAAUUCGAGGUGCAGGCCGGCUCCCUCGCCUUCUCUGUCACCCUCUACACCAUCUUUGCCUUCCUGGGCAUCACCGUGCUGCUGUACCGCCGCAGAGCACACAUAGGGGGCGAGCUUGGGGGCCCACGCAGACACAGACUCGCCACAUCGGGAUUCUUUAUCUGCCUCUGGCUCCUGUACAUCCUCUUCUCAGCGCUGGAGGCCUACUGCCAUAUACAGGGCUUUUAAAAGGGCAGUAUGGGGGGGAUUGUGAGAGAGAGGGGGGCACUUACCCUUUCUCUGGACCCCCUCACUGGGACUCUUAAAAUCUAGCAGCCCACACUUUCAAAGUACGCUUUGGUACAUAGCUGAGUGUGAGGGGAGAGAAGAUAAAGGGAAUGUAUCUCCCUCACUGCAAGCGCAUGUCGGGGGGAUGCGCACUUGUGUUAUUUAUUUUAUUUCAGCCCUUACAGAAAAAAACGGGUUUUAAACAAAGAAGAAAAAGAGAGAUAAAUUAAAUCAGAAGUCUGUGAAAGCAGAACAAGUCUAUUUUUUCGUCAGAGUGACUGAUAUUUUUAAAUGAAUUAUUUAAAAUAAAAAAGACAAAAAAUAAAUAAAUAUAAUGACGUUUCUUCCGAGCUGCCAUUGACCGUACAUUUAAAAAGAAAGCAAACGGGAGCAUGGCACUCCGGUGCCAGGAAACAGCUUCAGGAGGAUCUACUGCAGAAUUCAUACCCCUUUUUUUCUUUUUUUUGGGGUUUCAAAGAGUGUAACAGGUUUUGUGGAUUUCAAAAGUGGACAAGGUCUGAAGCAAGACACAACUGGACAAACACAAACUGCCUGGGACAAGACUUCCAAUAUAUAUUAACAUACUUUCUGUAUAUUUUGAAUAUCCGUUUCUAUAUGUUAUUUACAUAUGAAUGAGAAGAGGUGGCCAGAGAUUGCUAUCUUGUCUGCUAGCUGUAGCUCAUCCCCGUGGAGUUGAGAGUCGCUCUGGGUUUAUAGACUCACCAAUGGGCAGGAGAAGUGCUAUUCUACAAACACAGUGACUGAAAUUGAGAGCUCCAUAUAAAGCUGGGGUACAGUGUCUGAUCUGAUGGUUGAUAGAACACAUCCAUGUUCUCUCUUAGAGUUAGAAAUUAUCACCAGAUGUAAGUGCCUUGGUUAGUCUGACACACCUAUGUCCAACUGAUGCAAAGGUCUUAUUGUUCUAUUCUAGAAGCCUAAAACUAAAACUGAAUUUCCUUCCAUGUGGUAAAGAAUAGCAUACAGUACAAACCCUUUGGUUUAGUAGUACAUACCUGUAAGACUAAAUAGAUUGGGUUGCAGGUAAUGCUGUCAAAAUGAAUUCUCCACCAUUCUUUGUAGUGCAAGCAGACUAUCCUUCAACAUAUCUUUAUGUUUAUCAGGUACGUCUACAUCGGUGAAGGCCAACAUGAUGUUAAAGGUGUCUACAGGAUGAAGACGUUCUGUGAAAGAUUCACCUAAUCCUUUAAUUCCUGGGCUCUUCUUAUUACCUGGUAGCUUAGGCUUGUUAAAGACACUUCAGACAACCUUGACUAGGGCCCUCCAGCUCAAUGUCCAAUGGACUGUGCCAUUGAAAACAUAAUGAGGGAAUGAUCCCUUUGGAAUAGUGAACAUGGAGAGUUUAUGCUGACUGUAACCCCGUCUCAUUAGUGGGUGAGGGGGCUCUGUUAAACACACCCCACUCCACUGGGGUUCCCUUUAUUUUGGGAAUGGAUAUCACUAUGUAACACAAUUUUUGUUCCUGGGUAGUAAGUAUUAUUUCCUAAUUGCUUA